CGUAAAUCUUCUUUAUAGAUCCAUAGUUUCGAAGUAGGGACUUGUUAACACGCUAGAAUUUUGCUGAGAGAUUUUGAGUAUUGAACCUAACAUAUAUUCCUCAAAUUGUGGUACAGAUGGUACAUGAUAAUAACACGAUAAACAAUAAAGUUCAUGAAAAAAAAAUACGCGUGGAUACAGCCAUAAAUAAAACAUACCCAUAGACACGAAACGAUAAUAAAAAUCAAUCAUGGAUGACAUUACACAACAAAUUACAUACAGUAUUUUACAUUAUAUACAAUGAGAAAUGUUACGAGACAAAAACCCGUUCAACUGCAUUAUGGAACCAAUGAAACGAACACGGAAACCGCUCGCCAGUAUUUUCAGGUCACAGUAAACGUUCUCGAAGCACGAAAAUUGUCCUGGACAAAUCCUCAUUCAGCAAACUCCUACGUCAUAGUUGUGAUAGGAAAGAAAAAGCAGAGAACUGGCGUUAGAAAACAUAUGUUGGAACCAUUUUAUAAAGAGUACUUCUUAUUCGAGUUAUACGAAAGCAUCAAGAAUGUGCAAGAGCAGAGCAUCUGGUUGGCAGUGAUGGAGCCGCGAUGCUGCGCGCCGCCGCGGAUGGUAGGCGAGGCCAACAUUGACCUCGGUACUGUGUGGAAACAGCCUCAUCACCAAGUGUUCCACAAAUGGGCGCAGUUGAGCGUACCCCGAGACCCUGCGGCGGGAGUGGUCGGGUUUCUGAAGGUUGAUAUUUCCAUAGUAUUCCGUGGAGAUGUUCGCAUGAUGCCAGUUAUGAACGAAGACAAUAUGGAAGAAAACCUCCUGUUACCUUCGGGGUCUGAACAACAGCGCGCCAAUUACAUGAUUACAAUACACGGAGCGUUUGGGAUGCCGCGUGGUGCGGGCGAGAAACACGGCAAACUGCCCAGCACAUUCGCAAGGGUCACUUUCUGUGGACUUAUGGCCAAAACAGCAGUACAGCCACGCACAUGUAAUCCAAUGUACAACGAGCAGAUAUCUAUGGUUGAGAUGUUUCCAAACAUGACUCAUCUCAUUAAUAUCGACGUGUGUUCUGGAGAUGGCAUGAGCAGAGUUCUCGGAAGCACGCGACUCAGCCUCGAGGAAAUAUCUCACGAUGGGGAGAAUGGAUUCCUUCCGACUUUUGGCCCAUCUCUCCUCCAAAUGUACGGCCCCGGGAACCAAGGUGGUGAUCCUGGUGCCUGUUAUAAGGGAUCAUUACUCGUUACCCUUAAAACUGAAGUGCCGUACUAUCAACAAGCCAUUAGGAGUACUAGCGUCGAACCAGUUGCUCCGAUAAAAAAUGAUUGUUUAUGGACUUGGGAAGACUUUUGCAUAUUUUGUCCUAUUUUAGAAGUGUCUAUGUUAGACCGCGCUAUUGUUGGCAAAUUGUGUGGCGUUGCCAUUACUAUAGGACAGAUAGCUAGUGAUGAUAUCGAGGAUGAAGAAUUCCUUUCAAUGGUUCAUGAAAUAAGUUCUCGAAAACUACACUACACUGGUUCCAUCGAUGUGCUUAAAUGUCGACCAGCUUAUGGGUAUUUGGAUUUCACGAAUUCGUAUCCAGUGCUGCAGCAGGCGACGCGUCUCCCCGACCUGAGGUUCCGGAUGUUCAGAAACAAUAUGGUGCACGGCAUUGUCACUGAUUUGGAAGUGGCUCUGGAAGAUAUAGAGCGUCGGCUUAAGAAUUCCGAUUACAGCACACCCAAUGAUCUUAUUAUCGCACUUAACAAAGCCUUGGAUGAUGCAGCGGACAAUAUAGUGAAAUAUUUAGAUAUAAUACAAGACCAUAUACAUGCUUCUAGUAGUUAUGACCUAAACAGGACAUGCACUGAACUAGAUCAAAAACAAAUGGCUUUACAAAAAGAAGAGAUGGAAAAGGUAUACCGACAAAUUACUUGCAGAAAUAUAUGUGAAUUUACCGAUAAUGAUGAUAAUUUAAAUACAUUCAAAUAUAAAAGAAUUUGCUCUCUCAGUCCUAGAAAAAGAGUCAAGGUGUUAUUGUCUCGAACCAAGUCUUUAGCACAAGAUCUGAAGCGUUUUAUUUUUAAGGUAUCUGAUGGAUCAGCCGAUAUUGUAGUAUGGUUGCUGAAUGGUGGAUCCAGAGUGGCUUACACCAAGAUACCGGCGUCGGAUAUCAUAUUCUCAGACAUACCCAAACAACGUGGUCGAUUUUGUGGUCGUCUGCAAACUAUUUAUAUGAAGCCGUUAAAAUGUCCGAAACAUAGUAAUAGCCUCAAUACCAGUUGCUUUUGUUCUGCUGGUAAAAUCGAGCUGUUACUCUGGAUGGGUCUGUACAAACAGAUAUCAGCUUUCGAAACGUAUGUUCCUACUGGAUAUAAGAUUAAAGUUAAGGAAAAUGAAAUGUGCCUAAAGGCGACCACAGUGAUGCUGGAGUGCCGUCUGUUUGUGUACCAAGCGAAGUUGUCGAGCUGCGUCGAUAACAUGUUUACCCACACUUUUGUCAGAAUUAGUGUUAUGAAUGCUGUUAAAGAAACCAAACUAAUGCAGAAGUCUCUAGCUCCAGUAUGGAAUCAAUUGUUAAAGAUUUACCGAAUGAUGUUCACGAGUCCAGAGAGGAUGGCCAGCAAUCCCACCGUAGCUACUGUUGAGGUUUAUGAUACUGAUGAUUCGGGUAACGUGGAUUUUAUAGGACGUUGCGACAUCCAGCCCGUUGUGGAUGAUAGACAUGAUUAUGAACAUGCGCCAAAAUUGCAAUGGCUUGAUAUACACAGAGGAUCUGAAUGCACGGGACAACUUCUAAUUUCGGCACAGUUAUUGCAGGUGCCAGAAACAUUGAUGAAAUCCACAACUUACGGCCCUGUAGAGGAGACGUACUACAUGUCUGGAACAAAAGAUAUUAUAACCCAAGAUUCGGAACAUCUGGAGCCGAUCCCAAACAAUUUGGUUCCACAUUCCUCAACUUAUAAGGUAGACGUUUACUGGUGGGGUUUGAGAGACGUGAAUGUCACGCGGAAACCCUGCGUGGUCCUGCAAAUCGAUGAGCUCACAAUCAAAUCAGACAUUAUCAUCAAUAAAAAGUCUAACGUCAACUUCCCCAAUGGGAGGACGAGUCUUAAGUUUGAAGCCAUAUUAUCAGACUCCUACCGUCCUCCGCUAACCAUCAAGCUAUGUGAUCACAGUACUUUUGGAAGGACAUUGUUUUUGGGCACGAAUGUCGUCAAAAACCCAUAUAAGUAUUUGGUGAAAUGGUUGCCUGAGAGUCAACGGGAUUCAUCUUUAAGAAGCAUAUCUAUUACAUCUUCUAAUUUUUUCCCAAUAACCCCAAUACUUUACUUGAAAACUAAUAAAACAUCUGUCAAAGUCAGCAAUCAGUCUCUAAACAGUAUCAAGAAGAAUAGUUUCAAAAAUGUAUCCAAUUGGAGAAGAAUAUUCUGCAGUAAGGAGCCCGAUGAAGAAGAACGCGCGUUACUACCAAUAUUCACUAAAGAUCGGGAAAAGACAAAGCCAGUAGAUGCAGUGGCAAAAAAUGGAGAAGAUAAAGAUUGGUGGAUGAGAUACUAUUGCUCGCAGAAGAAUUAUGAUGUUAAUGAUUGUGAAGGUACAUCUGGUGCGAUAACUAUAUACAACAUAGAAUUAGAAGCGCAACCAGAAUUUUCGAAAUUCAAGGAUUGGUGUUCGACUUUAAAACUUUACAACGGGAAGAAGACGGGUAUUCCAGAGAAGGAUGAACAAUUACGCUGUGGUUAUUUGAAAGCUGGUAUUGUUAUAUACAAAUGGCCGCCAGCUUCCAAAACUAUUGCUGUUAGUCCUCAAGGCGUAGACUUGGCUAAAGGAUAUUUCAAUGAAUACCCCGCCAAUGAUUCCACAAGGCACAUGGUGAGAGUAUACGUCAUCAAAGCAAUAAAUCUGAUAGCUAAAGAAUUCACCGGCAAGUCUGAUCCGUAUGUCGUUAUUGGUUGCGGCGAUAAACAUUUGGGGGACAGGGACACUUAUGUACAUAAUAGUAUCAAUCCUGUAUUCGGCAAAAUGUAUGAAUUCCGGUGUACAUUACCUGAGGAUUAUCUACUUACCGUUUCGCUAUACGACCACGAUACAAUAGCUCCAGACGAGCUGAUCGGAUCAACUACAAUCGAUUUAGAAGACAGAAUUUAUAGCAAACACAGGGCGCGUGUUGGUAUUCCAAAGGAAUAUAAUAUAAGCGGUUCAGGAAAAUGGAGAGAUUGCAUGAAACCAUCAGCUAUUCUUGAAGAGUUGUGUUUGAAGAAUCAUAUCCCGCCACCGGUAUAUUCAGACGCCAAUACUGUUAUCCUAAACGGUGUUGAAUAUAAAGACUAUGAAAGAGCAAAGAGUUACAGGUCUCCAUCAGAGUGUCGACAGAAUAUAUGUUUAAGCUUGUUACACAAGUGGCACGCGGUACCUGUAUGUGGCUACCACCUGGUCCCAGAACAUGUUGAAACGAGAUCCCUUUUUAAUCCUGAAAGAUCUGCAGUGGAGCAGGGCAAGAUUCAACUGUGGGUAGAUAUAUACCCUUUGAACGCGACGUACAUCCCUCCACCGGUUGACGUAACUCCUCAAAAAGCCGAAGAUUACGAGCUCAGAGUUGUGGUUUGGAAUUUAAAGGGGCUUAAGGUAAAGGAGUGUUGUGGAAAAGGAUUCGCAAACAUCUAUGUGAAAGCCUGGAUUGGUAAUGUCGAGCAAGUGCAGUAUACCGACGUUCAUUACCGAAGCGAAUUUGGAGAAGCCGCUUUCAACUGGCGCAUGAUAUUUAACUUUCAAUAUCAGUAUAAUGAAAUAACGUUCACAAGAUCAGAGGCUGCUUUCUCUGAGUACGAAGAGCGCGUACCGCCCAUGCUAAUUGUUCAAGUAUUGGAUAACGAAGCGACAUCGAAAGAAGAUUUUAUUGGCACGCUCACUCUUGAUCUGAACUCGAUGACGAGAGGUUUUCAAGUUUCUAAUUGUUUUUCAACCAUAACAGAAAUGUCUGGAAAAUUGAAUUUAUUUGCAUCAAGAUCCAUUCGUUCUUGGUGGCCAGUGACUUUUACUGAUCGUGAUAAUGGAAUGAAGAUAGCUGUUGGUAUGAUUGAAUUGGAGUUGACAUUACUACCAGCCGACAAAGCGAUGUUAAUUCCAGUUGGCAUCGGGAGAGAUCCACCAUCGCCCCUACCAGAGCCUUGGCGAUACAACGAUAGCAGUUGCGGUGAACAAUCCAUCUUGACGCUAGAGAGCAUGUUUCGGCACGGCAGCAUAGAAUAUCUGAUUAUUGGAGCCAUCAUCAUAAUAUCCCUUUUAGGUAUAGUGUGGUACUUUGAAAUGCCUAGACAAUUCUAUGCGUUUAUUUUUGAAUAAUGUUGGUUGAGCGUUUAAUUAUGAUGUAUUGUGCUGUUUAAAUUGUAUCACCUUUAUUUUUAUACAUAAGAGACAAUUUACAUAGUUAUUUUGUAAGUGUUUUGUUUGUUAAGGAUUUAUAAUAAAUGUGUUGGUUGGUGA